UGGAAAAUUCCCAAAAUUCAAUUUGAUUCAAAUUUAUUAGCCUUGCUUAUCUUUGGCAAUUUACCAUCUUCAUUGUAGAAGUAGAACUAUUGUAUUCCAAAAAAUGGCAAUUUUGUUAUCUGCAAUGGAGCUCAAUCUGAAACUCCCCGACAAUAAUUUCUAUCGUGGACUCAACGUACGAACACGACCUCCUUUCUUUCCAGGCCCCAAUAGACUAGGAACUGCCCACAAGAUUCAAUUUCAACCCAUUAGCUUAGCCGUGAAAUCCCAACAAAUUGUUCGCGCUACAAGUUCUAAGAUUCAGGGAAAAGGCAGGACAAAAGAUUCUGUUUUGAGUGAGGGAAGAGAUGAGGACGAGCAAAACGGAGACAUAUGUCCUGGCUGUGGAGUUUUUAUGCAAGAUGAGGAUCCAAACCUUCUUGGGUUUUAUCAGAAAAGAAAGGUUUCACUUUCAGAGCCAAUGGAAGAUGUGGAGGAUGUGGAAGAUGAGUUCUAUGGAAUUCUAGACAGUGAUGUUGUGGAUGAAGAAGAAAAUAGUGAUGGAGAAGAAAUUGAGGAUGGCUUUGAUUGGGACACCGAUGAAUGGGAAGCUAAGCUCAUGGAGGAUGAAAAUGAUUUGGAAUUGGAUGGCUUUGCUCCUGCUGAUGUGGGAUAUGGAAACAUUACAGAGGAAACAGUGAAGAGAGCUGAGAAGAAGAGAAUAUCUAAGUCUGAAAAGAAGAGGAGAGCUAGAGAGGCUCAGAAAGAGAUAGAAGAGGUAACAGUUUGUGCAAGGUGCCAUUCAUUGAGGAAUUAUGGGCAGGUGAAGAACCAAGCUGCUGAGAACUUGAUACCUGAUUUUGAUUUUGAUAGAUUGAUGGCCAACCGUUUGAUGAAAUCCACAUCAAAUUUAAACAAUGUUGUUGUUAUGGUUGUUGAUUGUGUUGAUUUCGAUGGUUCUUUUCCAAAGCGUGCGGCAAAAUCGUUGUUUAAGGCUUUGGAAGGGAAUAAGAACGACCCCAAGCUUAGUAAAAAGUUACCAAAGCUUGUUCUUGUGGCCACAAAGGUUGACCUCCUCCCAUCUCAAAUUUCACCCACAAGACUAGAUAGAUGGGUUCGGCACCGUGCUAAGGCUGCGGGUGCACCUAAAUUAACUGGCGUUUAUUUGGUUAGUUCUCGAAAAGAUGUCGGUGUGAGAAAUCUAUUGUCUUUGAUCAAACAAUUGGCUGGUCCACGAGGAAAUGUGUGGGUUAUUGGUGCUCAGAAUGCUGGGAAGUCUACUCUCAUUAACGCAUUAGCAAAAAAAGAAAGGGCUAAAGUAACAAAGCUUACAGAAGCUCCAAUUCCUGGGACUACGCUCGGGAUCUUGAGAAUUGCAGGGAUUUUGUCAGCCAAGGCAAAGUUGUUUGAUACUCCCGGGCUUCUACAUCCUUAUCUAAUGUCCAUGAGAUUGAAUAGGGAAGAACAGAAGAUGGUCGAAAUUCGAAAGGAGCUCCAACCAAGAACUUACAGAGUGAAGGUUGGGCAGACUGUACAUGUUGGUGGUUUGGUAAGACUUGACCUUAACCAAGCUUCAGUAGAGACAAUAUAUGUUACAGUUUGGGCAUCACCAAAUGUUUCUCUUCACUUGGGGAAGAUUGAAAGUGCUGAUGAGAUAUGGAAGAAACACGCUGGUAUAAGGUUGCAGCCCCCCAUUGGUGUCGACCGUGCUUCUGAAAUAGGCAAAUGGGCAGAGAGAGAGGUCAAAAUUUCUGGCACGAGUUGGGUUGUCAAUAGCAUUGAUAUUUCAAUAGCAGGUUUAGGCUGGUUUUCUUUAGGUCUCAAAGGUGAAGCAACCUUGACAUUGUGGAUAGACAAUGGGAUAGAAGUAACAUUGAGAGAACCUUUGGUUCUUGAUCGAGCACUGUUCCUUGAGAGACCCGGGUUUUGGCUAUCGAAAGCCAUAUCAAAUACCAUUGGCAACGAAACAAAACUUGAUGCACAGAGGAGAAUCUCUGUAGAGGAGGAGAGUGCAGAGCCCAUUGUGCGGGCUUCUACAUGAGAGAAGACAUGCGAUGCUACAUCUGUCUUUCCUUUUCAGUACGUGGUUGGACUCAACGCUCCAAGGAAAGAGAUCAAGAUUUUGAGCUUGAAGUUUGUUCAACCAAUGAAGUUUUCUAUACUAGCAAAAGAUCACAGUUCUUUUUAUGAUCGGCAAGCAUACCACAAUUAAUUGGGAGGGUUUGAUUAUUGACAAUGAAACUACAAUAAACAGGAGCCAUAGCCAAGAGCUCCUUUUAUGGUGACAGAUAAAGAAACAUGUUUCCUUUGGAGUGUUUAAUGAUUCAAUUGGAACGAACAAUUUAUGAGAAAUGCUGUAAAGUGAAGUUUUGUUUCUUUUGCAAAAUAGUAAUCUUUCUAA